AUGACUACGACUACUAUCCUCUCAGUCUUGUCAAUCUUGUUUUUGGUCUCGGUUUCGGCCUCCAACAACCCAUCGUUGUUGCAUUCUCUCAAAGUACCAAGCCUGUCCCACCUCUCCUCCUUCCAAGAUGAUCUUUCAUACUCUUUGUAUCAUACCACUUGUCCAGACGUCGAAGGCCUCAUCUACAGGAAAGUCAAGGAAUGGGUGAACAAAGACCCCACGCUCGCUGCUAGUCUUAUUAGGCUACAUUUCCACGAUUGCUCUGUCAGGGGAUGUGAUGCCUCCAUCCUCUUAGACCAUAAUGGAAGUGAAAGGUCGGCCAAUGCAAGCAAGUCGUUAAGAGGGUUCCAUCUCAUCAAUGACAUUAAAAAGGCUCUUGAAAAGAAAUGCCCUAAAACUGUCUCAUGUGCUGACAUCUUGACCACCGUGGCUAGAGAUGCCACUGUUUUAGCCGGUGGACCUUUCUGGAUGAUCCCUUUUGGAAGGAAGGAUGGUCGAGUUUCCCUUGCCAACGAAGCUGCGAUGGUCCCUAUGGGUCGUGAAACCAUUACCAACCUUAUCCAGUUUUUUCAGUCCAAGGGACUCAACGUUCUCGACUUGGUUGUCCUCUCAGGUGCGCAUACGAUAGGAAGGAGUACAUGUGAGUCGGUGCAAUACAGGCUAUACGACUACAAAGGAACAAAGAAACCCGACCCAUCUAUCGAUCCUCAAUACUUGAACUACUUGAGGAGGAAAUGUCGAUGGGCGUCCGAGAAUGUGUAUCUUGACGCAACGACACCGAAAAAGUUUGACACACAAUACUAUCAGAAUCUUAAGAAGAAGAUGGGGCUCUUGUCAACAGACCAAUUGCUGUAUGUGGAUUCAAGGACGAGACCCAUUGCAGAUGCUUUGUCUUUCGAGUCCUCACUCUUCUCCAACCAAUUCAGUGUCUCCAUGGUGAAGCUUGCGAAUAUUCUUGAUGCUAAAUCCCAAGAUAACGGUGAAAUUCGUGUCAACUGCAAUCGUGUCAACUAUUGACGUUUCUUCAAGUAGCCGAUGCCUUACUUAUUGCUCGUUUUUCAUUUUUCGUGUGUGCCCGGUUUUAAACACCACGAAUCGAUACUUAAUCUCUAAUUUCGAAUUGCAAACUGGAAUGUGUUGAGUUGUGAUUUUGUUUAUCAAUUAUUUCAGUGAUAUAAUGACGUAUGGAUGUUGUAUAAAAUAUUUUUGCUUCGUGAACCUCAUCACCACCAAAGUGAAGUACAUUUGAAAC